AUGGAAAACCUAAUUUCUUUGGUGAACAAAAUCCAGAGGGCUUGCACUGCUUUAGGCGACCAUGGCGAAGCAAGUGCGUUACCCACUCUCUGGGACUCUCUCCCCGCAAUCGCUGUCGUCGGUGGCCAGAGCUCUGGAAAGUCCUCAGUACUUGAAAGUGUCGUUGGCAAGGAUUUCUUACCUCGUGGAUCAGGGAUCGUUACCCGGCGACCCCUUGUUUUGCAGCUUCACAAGAUUGACGAGGGUGGCAGAGAGUAUGCUGAAUUUCUUCACCUUCCAAGGAAGAGGUUCACCGAUUUCGCUGUUGUGAGAAAGGAAAUUCAAGAUGAAACCGAUAGAGAGACUGGACGAACAAAACAGAUUUCAAGUGUCCCCAUUCAUCUUAGUAUAUAUUCUCCUAAUGUCGUAAACUUGACACUCAUUGAUCUUCCUGGACUUACAAAAGUAGCUGUAGAGGGUCAACCUGAUAGCAUUGUCCAAGAUAUUGAGAAUAUGGUUCGCUCCUACAUUGAGAAGCCAAACUGUAUAAUUUUGGCAAUUACACCAGCCAAUCAAGAUCUUGCAACAUCCGAUGCAAUUAAAAUAUCCCGUGAAGUGGAUCCCACUGGAGAAAGAACAUUUGGAGUCUUGACAAAGAUUGAUCUUAUGGACAAGGGUACUGAUGCUGUUGAUAUGCUGGAAGGGAGAGCUUAUAGAUUAAAAUAUCCCUGGAUUGGUGUUGUCAAUAGAUCACAAGCAGAUAUUAACAAGAAUGUUGACAUGAUUGCUGCUAGACGUAGAGAACGCGAAUAUUUUUCUAAUACUCCUGAAUAUAAGCACCUUGCUCACAGAAUGGGUUCUGAACAUCUAGCAAAGAUGCUUUCAAAGCAUUUGGAGGCAGUAAUCAAGUCCAAAAUUCCUGGUAUUCAAUCUCUUAUUAGUAAGACAAUCGCUGAACUUGAAGCUGAACUGAGUCGUCUGGGAAAGCCUAUUGCAGCGGAUGAUGGGGGAAAGUUGUAUUCAAUCAUGGAAAUAUGCCGCUCAUUUGAUCAAAUAUUCAAAGAACAUCUUGACGGCGUGCGACCUGGAGGUGAUAAAAUUUAUAAUGUCUUUGACAAUCAGCUCCCUGCUGCUUUAAAAAGGCUGCAGUUUGAUAAGCAGCUUUCAAUGGAAAAUAUAAGGAAACGUAUCACAGAGGCUGAUGGGUAUCAACCUCAUCUAAUAGCUCCAGAACAAGGAUACCGACAUCUCAUUGAAUCUUCUCUAACUACUAUCAGGGGUCCAGCUGAGGCAGCUGUUGAUGCGGUGCAUUCCCUGUUAAAGGACCUCGUUCACAAAGCUAUUAGCGAGACUCUGGACUUGAAGCAAUAUCCUGGUCUACGUGUUGAGGUUGGAAAUGCAGCCGUUGAAUCACUAGAAACAAUGAGGGAGGAAAGCAGAAAAGCAACACUACAGCUAGUUGAUAUGGAAAGUGGCUAUUUGACGGUUGAUUUCUUCCGAAAGCUUCCUCAAGAUGUUGACAAGGGUGGCAAUCCCACACAUUCAAUUUUUGAUAGAUAUAACGAUUCAUAUCUUAGGCGAAUUGGAACCAAUGUUCUGUCUUAUGUCAAUAUGGUCUGCGCAAGUCUGCGGCAUUCAAUUCCCAAGUCAAUUGUCUAUUGUCAAGUGCGGGAAGCCAAACGAGGAUUACUCGAUCACUUCUUCACUGAACUAGGCAAAAUUGAGCCCAAGCGUCUGUCCUCAUUGCUGAAUGAGGAUCCUGCAAUAAUGGAAAGACGAAGUGCCCUUGCAAAGAGGCUUGAGUUAUACCGGAGUGCACAAGCUGAGAUCGAUGCAGUUGCAUGGUCUAAGUAG